AUGUCAAGUUCAGGCUACCCUCCUAACCAAGGAGCAUUCAGCACAGAACAGAGUCGUUACCCUACUCACUCUGUCCAGUACACCUUCCCCAGCACCCGGCACCAGCAGGACACAGCUUUUGGAGGAAAGCAUGAGGGACCAUCUUCGCCAAUUGCUGGUCAGCCUUGUGGGGAGGACCAAAAUGCUUCACCUUCAAAGCUGUCAAAGGAAGAACUGAUACAGAGCAUGGACCGUGUAGAUCGCGAAAUUGCCAAAGUCGAACAGCAAAUCCUUAAACUGAAGAAAAAGCAACAACAACUUGAAGAAGAAGCUGCUAAGCCUCCAGAGCCAGAGAGACCUGUCUCCCCCCCUCCAGUGGAACAGAAGCACCGCAGUAUCGUCCAGAUUAUUUACGAUGAGAAUCGGAAAAAGGCAGAAGAAGCUCACAAAAUUUUUGAAGGUCUUGGUCCAAAAGUUGAACUGCCCCUUUACAACCAGCCAUCAGACACGAAGGUCUACCAUGAGAACAUCAAAACAAACCAGGUGAUGAGGAAGAAGCUCAUACUGUUCUUUAAAAGAAGGAAUCAUGCAAGGAAACAACGGGAGCAGAAAAUCUGUCAGCGUUACGACCAGCUGAUGGAGGCAUGGGAGAAGAAAGUUGACAGGAUAGAAAAUAAUCCACGCAGGAAAGCCAAGGAGAGCAAAACCAGGGAAUACUAUGAAAAACAAUUUCCAGAAAUCCGGAAGCAAAGAGAACAGCAAGAACGAUUCCAAAGGGUUGGUCAAAGAGGGGCUGGACUUUCAGCAACUAUUGCUAGAAGUGAACAUGAGAUUUCUGAAAUCAUUGAUGGACUUUCUGAGCAGGAGAAUAAUGAGAAACAAAUGCGUCAGCUCUCGGUCAUUCCUCCCAUGAUGUUUGAUGCAGAACAAAGACGAGUGAAGUUUAUUAAUAUGAAUGGUCUGAUGGAGGAUCCCAUGAAAGUUUAUAAAGACAGACAGUUCAUGAAUGUCUGGACCGACCAUGAGAAAGAGAUUUUUAAGGAAAAGUUUGUCCAACAUCCCAAGAACUUUGGUCUAAUUGCUUCCUACCUGGAAAGAAAGAAUGUUCCUGACUGUGUAUUAUAUUAUUAUUUGACUAAGAAAAAUGAAAAUUAUAAAGCCCUUGUGCGAAGGAAUUAUGGUAAACGCAGAGGAAGAAACCAGCAACAAAUUGCUCGUCCUUCUCAAGAAGAAAAGGUAGAAGAAAAAGUAGAAGAGGAAAAAGCAGACAAAGCAGAGAAAAAAGAGGAGGAAAAGAAAGAUGAGGAGGAAAAGGACGAGAAGGAAGAAUCUAAAGAGAACACCAAAGAAAAGGACAAAUCUGAAGCUGCAUCAGAGGAAACAGAGGAGAGGGAGCAGGCCACUCCUCGGGGCCGAAAAACUGCCAAUAGCCAAGGUCGCCGUAAGGGCAGGAUCACCAGAUCUAUGACAAAUGAAGCUGCACAAGCAAAUGCUGCUGCAGCUGCAGCCACUGAAGAACCACCACCACCUCUUCCACCACCACCAGAACCUUCUUCUGCAGAGCCUGUGGAGACAUCCCGCUGGACAGAGGAAGAGAUGGAAGUUGCUAAGAAAGGCCUGGUGGAACAUGGACGAAACUGGGCAGCAAUUGCCAAAAUGGUUGGGACAAAAAGUGAAGCUCAGUGUAAAAACUUCUACUUCAACUAUAAAAGGAGGCACAAUCUGGACAGCCUCCUCCAACAGCACAAACAGAAGUCAUCGCGGAGGCCCCGUGAGGAGCGAGAUGUGUCACAGUGUGAGAGUGUGGCUUCGACUGUGUCAGCUCAGGAGGAUGAAGAUAUUGAGGCAUCUAAUGAAGAAGAGAAUCCAGAAGACAGUGAAGGUGCUGAAAAUAGUUCUGAUACAGAAAGUGCUCCAUCUCCAACUCCAGCAGAACCUGCAAAACCAAGUGAAGAAACUCCCCCUGAGAGUGCUGCUUCAAAAGUAACCACUGAGGCUGCAGCAGAACAAGAACCUACCAUGAAACCUGCAGCCAGCACAUCUCCCUCCUUAACAGCCCCAAGUGUAUCAACAGCUGAAAGUCAGAGUCAAAUCCCUGAGCCACAGGUUAAGGAAGAAAUAAAUAAUGAGGCAGAAGAGCCUAUGGAGGUUGACAGUAGAAGCCAUCCAAUUGAAGCUAAGCCUGUGAUCACUCUUCCAGUGCAUACCAAAGUAGAACCUGUAGAGACUGAAAUGAGGCUACCAGAGAAUAUUCAAGUGAAAAUAGAGAGUGAUACCAAAGAGAGAGAUACAGAGAAACCCAAGGAGAAGUCAGAACCAGAGGAAAUGGACUAUAGUCUGUCACAACAGGUUAAUACAACAAGACAAGAAUCCCAUUCAGAUAAUGACUCGAGUGCCACCUGUAGUGCUGAUGAGGAGGUUGAUGGAGAACCUGACAGACAAGGUAUCUUCAGCAGGGAGUCAAAGCCCUCCCUGUUAAAUCCCACUGGAUCAAUACUGGUAUCACCCACGAUAAAGCAAGGGCAGAUGGACCUGCAGCAGCUGCACCACCGAGCUGCAGUCAUACCACCUAUGGUGUCCUGCAGCCCCUGCACUGUUCCCGUGGGCACCCCGGUGAGCGGCUACGCGCUCUACCAGCGACACAUCAAAGCCAUGCACGAGUCGGCGCUGCUGGAGGAGCAACGCCAGAGGCAGGAGCAGCUGGACAUGGAGUAUCGAAGUGCUGUCAGCCCUUGUGGCACUUCCAAGAGCCCCAACGUUGAGUGGGAAGGAAAACCAGUAGCCUACAUGCCCUAUGCUGAGGUCAAGCGAGCAAUGGAACAGGAAGCACAGGUGCAAAAUCCAGCAGCAAGGUCAGCAUCACCAUACAGGCUGUCUCCAAGAGAAGUCAAUAAAGCCUCUCCCCAGCCUGACAUGAAUGCAGCUCGCUACAGUGUCCCCCCAGUUCUCCAGCCAGCACCUCACCAAGUAAUAACAAAUAUACCUGAAGGAGUUCGCCUCCCAACAACCAGACCCACCAGACCUCCACCACCACUCAUCCCAUCCUCCAAAACAAGUGUGCCAUCAGAAAAACCUUCCUUCAUCAUGGGAGGCUCCAUCUCACAAGGAACACCUGGCACUUACUUAACAUCCCAUAGUCAAGCUUCCUACACCCAAGAAACUGCAAAACCAUCAGUGGGUUCUAUAUCUCUUGGACUGCAGCAGUAAUCAGCCAAAUCUGCUUCCCUUCCCUAUAUCAAACAAGAAGAAUUCUCUCCCAGAAGUCAAAAUUCCCAACCUGAGGGUCUCUUGGGCAGGGCACAACACGAAAGUGUGGUUCGAGGUACCACAACAAUACAGGAGGGCAGUAUAACACGAGGAACUCCAACCAGUAAAGUUUCUGUUGAGACCAUUCCUUCUUUGAGAGGCUCCAUAACUCAGGGUACUCCAGCUCUGUCCCAGCCUGGCAUAGCAGCUGAUGCAUUAUUGAAGGGAACUAUCACCCGGCUGGCUACAGAAGACAGCAGCCCAGAGAAGUGUCGAGAGGAGGCUUCAGCCAAAGGCCAUGUUAUUUAUGAAGGCAAAAGUGGGCAUAUUCUAUCUUAUGAUACUAUUAAAAAUGUUCGUGAAGGAACAAGGAGCCCAAGAACUGCUCAUGAAAUGAGUUUAAAGAGAAGUUAUGAUACAAUGGAAGGGAAUAUAAAGCAAGGAAUGUCAAUGCGGGAGUCUCCAGUAUCUGCACCGCUGGAAGGUUUAAUAUGCCGUGCUCUGCCUCGGGGCAGCCCACAUGCUGAACUAAAAGAGAGAACUGUGUUGUCUGGCUCUAUAAUGCAAGGCACACCAAGAGCAACAGCUGAAAGUUUUGAAGAAGGCUUGAAAUACCCUAAACAGAUUAAGAGAGAAUCACCUCCCAUAAGGACGUUUGAAGGAGCCAUUACUAAGGGGAAACCAUAUGAUGGAGUCACUACCAUAAAAGAAAUGGGUCGUUCCAUCCAUGAGAUCCCAAGACAGGAUUUAUUAAGCCAGGAGAGUCGCAAAACUCCUGAAAUGGUGCAGACGACCAGGCCAAUCAUAGAAGGCUCCAUAUCUCAGGGCACACCCAUAAAAUAUGAAAGCAACUCUGGCCAGUCUGCCAUCAAACACAAUGUAAAAUCUUUAAUCACUGGACCAAGCAAGCUACCCCGUGGAAUGCCUCAGCUGGAAAUGGUGCCAGAAAAUGUGAAGGUGGUGGAGCGAGGAAAAUAUGAAGAUGUGAAGACCGGGGAUGCAGUACGUUCCCGUCACACGUCAGUAGUCAGCUCUGGUCCCUCUGUUCUCAGGUCAACUCUUCAUGAAACUCCCAAAUCACAGCUGAGCCCUGGGAUUUAUGAUGAUACCAAUGCUCGGAGGACACCUGUGAACUAUCAGAGUCCAAUGUCCAGGAGUUCACCUAUGAUGAAUAGAGUUAAUGAGGCUGGAAUAUCUUCUGGGAAGUCAGCAAAUCAUGAAAGGAAGAACACACUUACUCCAACACAGAGGGAGAACGUGCCAGCAAAAUCUCCAGUCCCAGGGGUUGAUCCUGUAGUGACUCACAGUCCUUUUGACCCUCAUCACAGAGGAGCAACUCCUGAAGUCUAUAGGAGUCACCUCCCUCCUCAUUUAGAUCCUGCUAUGCCAUUUCACAGGGCUCUGGAUCCUGCUGCUGCUGCUUACCUGUUCCAGAGGCAGCUCUCACCCACCCCAGGCUGCCCAAGCCAGUAUCAGCUCUACGCGAUGGAGAACACACGCCAGACAAUCCUCAAUGACUACAUUACCUCACAGCAGAUGCAAGUCAAUUUACGGCCUGAUGUCACCAGGGGGUUAUCUCCUAGAGAGCAAACUUUAGCUCUCCCAUAUGCAGGAGCACGAGGAAUUAUUGACUUGAACAAUAUGGCUCCCACUAUCUUAGUGCCUCAUCCUGGAGGAACAAGCACACCACCCUUGGAGAGAAUCACAUAUAUCCCUGGUACCCAGCUCACCUUCCCUCCCAGGCCUUACAAUCCUGCUUCUAUGUCACCAGGACACCCUACACACCUGGCAGCCUCUGCAGCUGCAAAUGCUGAAAGGGAACGGGAAAGGGAGAGGGAGAAGGAACGGGAAAGGGAGAGGGAACGUGAGCGAGAGCGGGAAAGAGAACGAGAACGGGAGAGGGAGAGAAUCACUUCAGUCGCUGCUGAACUUUAUCUUCGACCAGGUACAGAGCAGCCUGGCAGACCUGGCAGUCAUGGAUACGUUCGGUCCCCAUCCCCUUCAGUUAGAAGCCAGGAAAACAUACUGCAGCAAAGGCCUAGUAUUUUUCAAGGAACCAAUGGGACAAGUGUAAUCACACCUUUGGAUACUGCUGCUCAGCUACGUAUCAUGCAGCUCACCCCUGGAGCUCCCUCUAUUACUCAAGGGUUGCCAGCCUCCCGUUACAACACUGCUGCUGAUGCCCUUGCAGCACUGGUAGAUGCUGCAGCCUCUGCUCCUCAGAUGGAAGUUGCCAAAGCAAAAGAAAACAAGCACGAAGGAACCAGGAUAGAAGAGAACAUGGGCCGCCGCUCAGCUGUGGUGACUGAGCAGCAGCAGAUGGAACAGAAGACACUGGAGGUAGAAAAGAGGCCUGUCCAGUGCCCCUAUACAUCUGCAAAUUUUUCUGCUGGCAAGUCCCAGGGACAGUCUUCAUCAGUAGUCUAUUCAGAGGCUGGGAAAGAGAAAGGACCUCCCCCUAAAUCCAGGUACGAGGAAGAGCUGAGAACUCGAGGGAAGACCACGAUUACUGCUGCUAACUUCAUUGAUGUGAUCAUCACCAGACAGAUUGCUUCAGACAAGGAUGCACGAGACAGGGGCUCCCAAAGUUCAGAUUCUUCCAGUAGCUUAUCCUCCCACCGCUAUGAAGCUCCUGGAGAUGCCAUUGAGGUGAUUAGCCCUGCAAAUUCACCUGUACCUUCUCAAGAAAAGCUACAGCCCUAUCAACAAGAGACUCCUAAACCAAGCCAGGCAGAGAAUGACCCAAACAGGCAGUAUGAGGGGCCAAUUCACCGCUACAGGACACAGCAGGAACCCCCUUCACCCCAGCAACCACCACCUCCCUCUUCCCAAGCAGAAGGGAUGGCACAUGUGCCCAGGACCCAUCGACUCAUCACCCUGGCUGAUCACAUCUGUCAAAUUAUUACACAAGACUUUGCUAGAAACCAAGCAGCUUCUCAGGCCUCUUUGCAGCCUCCCACCACUACAUUCCAGAAUUCCACCCCUGCUCCUACACCUGUUUCUACCCGGGCAAAGACAUCGAAUCGCUACAGCCCUGAAUCCCAGUCCCAGCCCGUCCUCCAUCAGCGCCCAGGUGCUCGAGUGUCACCUGAAAAUCUGUCUGACAAGUCCAGGGGAAGACCUGGAAAAUCUCCAGAGAGGAGUCAUGUCUCUUCAGAGCCCUAUGAGCCAAUCUCGCCACCUCAGGUCCCCGUUGUACAUGAGAAACAGGAAAAUGUUCUUUUGCUUUCCCAAAGAACUGAGCCUACUGAACAGAGGACUGACUCUCGCUCGCCAGGCAGUAUCAGUUACCUGCCUUCCUUUUUCACCAAACUUGAGAACACUUCACCAAUGGUCAAAUCCAAGAAACAGGAGAUAUUUCGGAAGCUGAACUCAUCUGGUGGAAGUGACUCUGACAUGGCAACUGCUCAGCCAGGGACUGAAAUAUUCAAUUUGCCAGCAGUCACUACCUCAGGUGCAGUCAGUUCUAGGGGUCAUUCCUUUGCAGAUCCUGCCAGCAAUCUGGGUCUGGAAGACAUUAUUAGGAAAGCACUGAUGGGAAACUUUGAUGACAAGAGUGAGGAGCACGGAGUUGUCAUGUCACAAUCGAUCGCGGUAGCGCCCGGCAGCUCCAGUGCUGCAGUACCAGCAAGUAAUGAGACACGUAGGGAAGAAGCUAAUCCAUCACCAAAUUCAGGAGGGGGAGUCAGCAAGCAGAAGCUCAUGGGCAAGUCAAAUAGUCGGAAGUCUAAGUCUCCGAUUCCUGGGCAGGGAUAUUUGGGAACUGAAAGACCUUCUUCUGUCUCAUCUGUCCAUUCAGAAGGGGACUACCACAGACAGACUCCAGUGUGGGCCUGGGAAGACAGGCCUUCAUCAACAGGUUCCACCCAGUUCCCGUACAACCCGCUGACCAUGCGGAUGCUGAGCAGCACCCCCCCGACCUCCAUCGCCCCGCCGGCCAUCAGCCAGCCCAGCACCCACCAACAGAACAGGAUAUGGGAGAGAGAGCCUGCACCACUGCUUUCAGCACAAUAUGAGACUCUGUCUGACAGUGAUGACUGAACUAUGCAGA